AUGUCGCAUAAUCAUCUUAAUGAAGAAGUUCAAGGUACUGGAAUAUCCAAUAAUGAUCAUACUAUUCGUCGUCGUAAUUCAAAUAAUCAUUUAAAUUUAAAACCAACCACUGUUAUUGAUCAUAUAAAAACAAAAGUCAAACGAAGACGAGCAUCACAUAAUAAUACAACAGAAACAUUCGAUUCACCAAAAGAUAAUAAUACUAAACAAAUAAAUCGAGAACAGAAUAAAUCAGAACCAAAAUUUACAACGAUAACAGUUCAUUCUCAACCGAAUCGUUCAUCACAAACAUUAUUGAAUCAAUAUUCAGAUGAUAAUGAUGAAAACAAACUUAAUGAAGCAAAUAAUUUAUCUAUUGAAAAAAAUGAAAAUAAUAUCAAUGUCUAUGAUCAAAUAGAUAAAGAUGCAAAUACGAAUGAAACUGUUCAAUGGCAAAUAGAUCAGAUAGAAGUUGACAUUGAUAAUCAUCAACGUAAAACACGAACAAAGUCUUAUCCUGAAUCAAUCAGUCAAUCUAAUACAAAAAAACGACAUCAAACAGCACGAUGCAAGAAUUCUCAAAUUCAUGAUGAGGAUCUCAAUAAUAUCUUUAGUGAUUUACCAUCAAACGAACAAUUAAUUGUUGCUUAUCCAUGUGCCUGGCGAAAAGAUAUUCUUAUGCAUGGACGAAUGUUUCUUUCAGUUAAUUAUAUAUGUUUUCAUACAUGUUUUCUUAAAUGGAAAGAAAGUUUAUGUAUUGCUUAUAAAGAUAUUGUAAGUGUUAAAAGAGCAAAAUCAGCUAAAGUACUUCCAAAUGCAAUUAAAUUACGAACAAAAAAUCAUGAACAAUAUUAUUUUGCUAGUUAUAUACCAAGAGAACGAAUUUUUAUUACCGUAUUUCGUCUAUGGCAAAAUGCUUUACUUGAACAACCAUUAAAUUAUGAACAAUUACGAGCCAUUAUUUUUGCUGAUAAAACUAAUAUUGAUGCAUCAAGUGAAGAUAGUGAAGGAUCUAUUGAAGGAGAACGUAAUCGUGAAUAUCCUCCCAAUCGUCGUCGUCAUCCUGAAUCAGUACCUUCGAUUCUUCCAAGUCAUUCAAAAAAAUCACCUGCAGCAUCGACAGCAUCAGAUCAGGAAAUAAUUUCAUCAUCACCAAAUGAACAACAAAUAAAUUAUCCAUCAAUAUGUCCAUGUGAAACUCAUUUAGCAAAAACAUUUGGAGAACAGUUACUUUCAUUUGAUAUUGAUACGCUUUUUGAUUUAACAUUUGGUGAUAAUUCAUUUAUACGUGCUUAUCGUGAUUCACAAAAAUUACUAGAAUAUACUAUCGGUGAAUGGCAUAUUAAUAAUGAAACUGGUAAACGAGAACGUCAAGUAACAUAUAAAACAAUAAAUCAUUCGUUUCUUGGUACUAAUACAAUUUCUUGUAAUGAAAAACAAAUAAUCGAAGCAGAAAAACCACAUUUAUUAUACGUUAUUCGUACAGAUGUAUAUAAUGAAGGAAUGAAAUAUACGGAUGCAUUUUAUGUUUCAACACAAUUUUGUAUGCUUCAACGUGAUGCUGAACAUUCUUCAUUACGUGUUAGUGCUGAAAUAAAAUACAUAAAAAAUAUUAAUGUAAUUGCUAAAUCAUUUAUUGACAAGCUUUCCAAUGCAUCACUUGAAGGUGGUAUCAAUAAUUUAAUUUGUAGACUGAAAACUCAUCAACAUAAAAUAAAUAAUCGUGAAUCAAAUCGAAAGCAAACAACAUCAAUAUUAAAACAACAUCAACAACAAACGAAAGAUUCUUGUACAAGUCAAGAUGAAAAGAAAAAUGAUGUAAUCUUAGAUUCUUCACUUUCAUCAGAAGAUCAAAUAAUAACCAAUGAACAAACGAUUACUGAAAAAAAUCUUCUAUUUAAAAUAAUUUUCUUUUUUGGUAUUUUUCUUCUAAUUCUUCAUACUUAUCUAUGUUAUAAAUUAUAUUCUAUCGAUCAAGCAUUAAGUACUCCAAAUCUUACAUGUCUAAAUCAAUGUAAAACAGGUUUAUUAUUUUACUAA